CCUGUAUCCUUCAAUACAUUGAACGGGGAAUGCCGCCUGUGCCACCUAACGAUGACGUUCCAAAAAUCGCCAUCAUUCGCAAGACUUAUCGUGGAACACUGUUAUCUGUUUUACCUCCAUUAAGCUGGAAGACGCUGCUGAAUGAUGGCCAGAAUUCCAAGCGAGCUGGAGAAUUAUAAAAUCCCUGCGAAUUAUGACGUUCAAAGGGUCCAAGAAGAUUUCGUUCGAUGCAAAGAUCAGCACUAUCUUGACCAUGCUGCAGCCACUUUGUACAGCGAAAGCCAAAUUAAGAGUAUUACUGCUGAACUCCAAGGGAACCUCUUUGGAAAUCCUCAUUCCCGUCACACACCAAGUGAUACAGCCACUCAGAUCAUAGAGUCUGUGAGACAAAGGAUCUUUGAACACUUUAAUACCACUUGUGAAGAAUAUGAUGUUAUCUUUACAUCUGGGGCCACAGAUGCUAUAAGAUUAGUGGCACAGAAUUUUGAUUGGAAUUGUACAUAUGAUAUCUCCAGGAAAGGGAAGAAAGGUAGAGAACCAGGACCCCCACAACAUGUACCAAGUGAUCCCCAUCAGCCCAGAGGAGCAUUUGUAUACCAACGAGAAAACCACACAUCAGUUUUAGGAAUCAGAGACUAUGCCAACCAUUUGAUGCUGAAGUUUACUCUCAGGAUCUUUGAACACUUUAAUACCACUUGUGAAGAAUAUGAUGUUAUCUUUACAUCUGGGGCCACAGAUGCUAUAAGAUUAGUGGCACAGAAUUUUGAUUGGAAUUGUACAUAUGAUAUCUCCAGGAAAGGGAAGAAAGGUAGAGAACCAGGACCCCCACAACAUGUACCAAGUGAUCCCCAUCAGCCCAGAGGAGCAUUUGUAUACCAACGAGAAAACCACACAUCAGUUUUAGGAAUCAGAGACUAUGCCAACCAUUUUGAUGCUGAAGUUUACUCUGUAAGAACUAAAAAGCUUAAGGAAAUUCUAGGAGGUCCUGGAGCUGAAGCCUCUGAUACUCAGGCUAAUGGUUUCUCAAACAGGGACAGUGCAGAUUUACAAGUAAGCAAAGAAGAAGACUUAAGAUUGAAAAGGCAUUGUUUGUUUGCUUACAGUCCGCAGUGUAAUUUCUCUGGUGCAAAAACACCAUUAAAUUGGAUUGAGAAAGUUCAUAAUGGCCUUCUAAACGAAAUCCUUAAGGAAGAUCCAAUCAACCGAAUCCCUGGCUGGAGGAAAUCCAGAAGUGAUCAGGGUAUUGGUGAUCCAGAAUGGUUUGUAUUGCUGGAUGCAGCGGGAUUAGUUGCAACGUGUCCUCUUGAUCUGUCCAGAUGGAAGCCUGAUUUUGUGAAUUUAUCUUUCUACAAGAUCAUGGGGUAUCCUACUGGUUUAGGUUGCUUACUAGUAAGUUCCCGGUGCUGGGAUUUGUUACGGAAAACUUACUAUGGAGGUGGCACAGUUCAGAUGGUUGACUCAAGGAAAAUGACUCUCGUACCACGACCUGUUCUCCAUGAUAGGUUUGAAGAUGGAACAUUACCUUACCUCAGUAUCAUUGCAGUAAGACAUGGCUUUGAUGUCAUCUUGAAACAUACAGGUGGGAUGGAGAACAUCAUGCAUCAUGUGUUCAACUUAUCUCGUUACACUCACCACUGUUUACGUAGUUAUAGACAUACUAACGGAGAAUCGGUGGCAGAAUUCUACUUGCAAGAUGAGUCAUGGACUGUUGAUAUCCAUGGAUCAAUUAUCAAUUUCAAUUUGCUCAGAUCAAAUGGCUCAUAUGUUGGAUAUGCACAGGUGGAAAAGAUGGCAUCGUUGUAUAAUAUUCAUCUACGGACAGGAUGUUUGUGCAAUCCAGGUGCCUGUCAAACUUAUCUGGAGAUUUCAGAGGACAAGUUGAAACGUCAAUUUCAGGCUGGACAUGUGUGUGGAGAUACUCAUGACUUGGUUGAUGGCCAGCCAACAGGGUCAGUGCGUAUCAGCUUUGGGUAUAUGAGCACCUACAAGGAUGCAGAUCAGUUGCUGCGUAUGAUUGCUGAAUGCUUUGUUGAUGGCCCUCUUAGAUUUGAUUCGUCUUGGAUGUCGAGGAAAUUUCAGUCCCCAACUUUAAAAGCAGCCAGUGAUGGUAAAUCACCAAGGUCACAGAGCAGCAGCAGCAAUAGUGGUCAAGGCAAACAGAAGCAGAAAGGAACAUCUAGUCACGGCAAAAAUCACAAUUACAGUAGUACCAGUAACAAAAAUUGUAAAUUAAUUCUUACAGAUAUUAUUGUUUAUCCAGUGAAAUCAUGUUGUGGUGUAUCAGUUCACAAAUGGAAGGUUGCUUCUGAAGGUCUACAGUAUGAUCGCAAGUGGAUGGUUGUCACUGACGCAGGUGUAACAAUGACUCAGAAACGGCUUCCUCAAAUGUGUCUCAUUAGGACAAGGAUUGAUUUGGAAUCCAAUACUCUAACUCUAUUUUAUGAAGGGAAAGGAGAGUGUAGUGUACCCUUAAAGUGCCCAUCCGUACCUGAUUGUGUUGAAGAUAUAUCCAUAUGUGGUGGUAGAGUAUGUGGUGAUAAAGUUAAAGGAUUAGACUGUGGAAAGGAAGUUGGAGAUUGGCUGUCAAAGGUGCUGAAUAAACCCAGCCUUAAGCUUAUGCGGCAGAUAAAUACUCGAAGAAAGAAGAUUGAGGAAGGACAAGUUGAGAACCUGUCAUUAGCAAAUGAGUCUCAGUAUCUCAUAUUACAUCUGCCAAGUGUUCGCAAGCUCUUAGAGGAUAUUAAUGACAAUGGACCAGUUGAUCUGAAUGAGGUUGACUUGGUAAAACGAUUCCGAGGUAAUUUCAUUAUAGAUGGAGGAGAUCCUUAUGAAGAAGAUAUUUGGAAGUCUGUAACAAUUGAUGGUGUGAAAUUGCAGGUCCAAGGUGGAUGUAUGAGGUGUCAGAUGAUCGGUGUGGCCUCAGAUUCAGGAGAACGUACCAGGGAGCCAAUGUUAACUUUAGGUCGGGUAAGAGGGUCUUCCAUGAUGUUUGGAAUUUAUGCCAAAGUGUUGACGCCCAACAGUGAUGAUACAGAUGGUUCAGUUACUCUGAUCACACGUGGAGCCACUGUGAGAGCUACCACAUGAUUUCGUUGUACAAUCAUAUAACAUGGGAGUCAUAAGAAAGAUAACCUGUAAUGACAAUCGUCGCAAGGACUAUAUAGAAUAACAGGUAUGGUCAUGGUCUUGUACUGUUUAUGGAUUGCUCAGUAUUUUUGACUAAGUAUUAAUGAACUGCUGUUUACAUAUAAUACUCACUGCAAGAUUAUCAUGAACCAUGGCAUGUUACAUUAAGGGUAUUGGACAGCGGGGGUGAGUUGGGUUAUCAAAAGCCAUUGUAAUGAAAAUUAGCAUUGAUUUAUAGUAUUUCAAGGAAUGUGUACUGAAAAUUUUCCUUAAAAAGGAGCAAGAAUGUAUUCUUUGGUGAUUUGUUUUUCUUUUUUCCCAAAUUUUGAAAACCCUCUUCACCUUUAUUUAUCAACAGUCAGUUUGAAAAUUUCAAAAACCAAUUCAAAGUUUAAAUCAUCAAGAAUAAAAAUGCAUGACUAAAAUUAUCAAAUUAGGCUGUGUUUACUGUGAAAAAUAAAGCAGUAAAUAUUAGAAAAAAAGUAUGUUAAAUAUUACAGAUAUGUAAAAUACAAAAGAAAAAAGAAAAUGAGCAUGCAUAAUUAUUUCCUGGUGACUUCUGAAUAUAAUACCUUUAAAGUAUUUCACAUUCAUUCAUAGAAAUUGAAGUUAUGGAGAUUUGAGUGCACAAAACUAAUGUUUUCAGAAAAACACAGUCAAAAGUUUGUCUACUGUCACACUCAAAGUUCACUUGUAAAGCCUAGCUAGCACCUGGUUCCUUCUCUUUUUUUAGAGAUAUUACCCCUUCUGGUAUAAAGAUAAUGGCAACAUGCUUAUUUGGAGGGUUUCAUAGAGUGAUACUCACUCGUUAUUGCCAAGUUUGCAUUGCAUGGGCUAAUGCGCUCCUGCUUUACAGACAUCUGCACCUGAUAUUUGUUUUCUUUUUUUCUUGCUCUCACUACUGGGUGCAGCUUCACCUUUUUGCUGCAUCCUUCUUUCAUUAUAUUUGCUAAUAUUGUAAGAACUUGCAUCCAGUUGACAAGUAAAUGUCUUGCAAGGCAUAUUUAUGGGAUAACAACACUUGUAAGCCAAGAAAAGGGCCCAGAAAAUCACACAUAAAGGUGAAAAACACAAAAGAUGCAAUAAUGGCACUCUUCAUGCAAAAGCUAGUGUUACUCUUUCAUGUUUGUUGUUGACUGCUCAGAACCAGAUUGUCUUU